AUGAGUACAAAAAUUUACGACUUUUCAAAACCAGAAGAUAUUGAAGAACUUACUAGUCUCGCUUUUUCCGAGGACGAAAAUUUACAAGAAGAUGUGGAUAACUCUGAUGAAUCUGAAACAGAAGACCACGUCGAGACAAGAUCAGUUGAUUCCGAGAUUGAUCAUGAUGAUAUGCUAAACAUGAUAGUUGAUUCCACAAAUCUAUAUAUAGAAAGUAUAAAAGCCAAAUUCAACCGUGAAAGAAAUUGUCGUCCCACAGACUUGAUUGAAAUAAGAGCAUUGUUUGGACUGUUAUACCUAGCAGGUGUAUUUCGAGGAGGUCACCGCAAUUUGAAAGAUUUUUGGGCAUCUGACGGGCUAGGAAUUGAUCUUUUCAAAAUGGCAAUGUCUGAAAAGCGCUUCAGAUUUCUACUCAGAUGUUUAAGAUUUGAUGAAAGGUCUACAAGAGAAGAAAGACGUGAAUUUGACAAGUUAGAAGCUGUUAGGAAUCUCUUCAGUAAUUUCAUUGAAAACUGCGAAAAACAUUAUCAUCUUGGGCAAAACGUGACCAUAGAUGAAAUGCUGCCAGCAUAUCUUGGUCGAUGUGCAUUUCGACAAUACAUACCAUCGAAACCAAACAAAUAUGGUACCAUCAGAUUGGUAAUAUGGUAUCAAAAUUUUUAA